AUGACCCAACGGGGACGAGAGGUUGACUACAGGGGUCUGCAGAUGUGGAGAGAGAUGGUGGACGCAGGCAAGGCAUGCAUUAAAAAGCACCUCUAUGAAAUGCCUGUCAGGCGGAUGAAGCGGCAGGCGCCAAAUCACAGGCCGGAGCACGUGUUGGCGCUGAGGGAUGGCGGCGAGAUGAGCGAGCGGCGCUACAGCGGGGGCCAGAUAGACGUUUGUUUUGUUAUGAUGUGUGCGCGGGAGGUUGUUUCUAAUCUACAGUGGACAGAGCUGGGUUUUGAUUUUGUUCAAGUGUAG